AUGACAUUCCCAGGCCAUAUGGGAAAGACCAACAAAAGGACUUUUCCAGUGGAAUCUCCUCUAAUGCCACAAAUUCCACGUGGCAAUUACUUUCAUCUUCAGGAAGAGAAGCAAAGACUACAGCUAAAGAAAUUCCUUCUUCAUAGGAUGUUUCUAGUGGCCGAUAUAACAGCAAACACAGAAAAAAAAGAUAUUGCUGACUACUAUGAACAAGCAUUCCAGUCGAUUUUAAAACAUCACCUAGGAGAAGCAGUGACAGGGUUUCUGCUGGUAUAUCCUACUUCUAUUCUGCAUAUCCUUGAGAGUUCCAAUGGUACGCUUUACCGAAUUCUUCUAGAUUAUCUUAACCAUCAAAAGAGUGAAGCAGAGUUUUUUAUCCAAGGGAUGAAAAUUAUCGUUGUGUCCCAUAACAUCCCAACUAGGCUCUUCAUGCAAUGGCAUGUUUCAGUGAUAAAAGUUCCAGUCAUGUAUCUCGAUGAUGUGACACAGACACAGUCCACCAAAGAGGUCAUCACAGAGUUUCUCACUCAGACCCAUAAGCUAGCACUCCAUCUUUUAAAGACGGUUAAAGUGGGCGCUAAAGGACCAGGGGAUAACUUGCACCAACUUGCACCUGAACUGCUCAUCCCAGAACAAAUAAUAAAGUACUUGUGCAAAUCUGAAGAGUUCCUGGAUCCAGAAACUUUCCUAAACAUAUACAACAAACCCAUACAUGUCACUUUGGAUUCCGAGGUGAUAUGGCCCACUCCUACCUAUUUCUAG